AUGUUGCGAACGAGAUUCGAGUGCGUCGGCAAUCUACCAGAUCUUGAUGAGGCCAUCAGAUUAUUUCGUCAGACAAUAGACCUCACACCUGAUGAUGAUGCAGAUAAAUCUGCAAAUCUCGCUAUACUCGGAAAUUCAUUUGACAUCCGAUUUCAGCGCGUAGGCGACGUUAACGACAUUCAGGAAUCCAUCAAAGUCCGCCAGCGGGCCGUACAACUCACACCUGACGGUCAGGAAAGCAAGUCCACACGUCUCCACAGUCUUGGCCUUUCAUUGUCGCUUCAAUUUGAGCGACUUGGAAACAUUGACGAUCUUGAUGAGUCCAUAAACGUUGCGCAGCAGGCAAUAAAACUCACGCCCAAUGGACAUGCAGACAAGCCCAUAUAUUUCGACCAGCUUGGAAAGUCGUUGAUGUCUCGGUUUCAGCGACUUGGAAAUAUUGAUGAUGCUGACGAGUCCAUCAAGGCCCAGCAGCAGGGGGUAGGACUAACACCUCAUGGCCACGCAGACAUGGCCGGACGUCUUGAGAAUCUCGGGGGCUCAUUUUUUCUUCGAUUUCAGCGACUUGGACACCUUGAUGAUGUCGUCGAGGCCCUCAAGGUCUUUCGGCAGGCAGUAGAACUCACGCCCCACGGACACGCAGACAAGCCCACACGUCUUAGCAAUCUUGCAUGCUCAUUGCUUUGGCGAUUUGAGCACCUGGGAAAUCCUGACGAUGCUGACGAGGCCAUCAAGGUUCUGCGGCAGGCGGUAGAACUCACGCCCAAUGGACACGCAGACAAGCCCAUAUAUUUCGACCAGCUUGGAAAGUCGUUGAUGUCUCGGUUUCAGCGACUUGGAAAUAUUGAUGAUGUUGACGAAUCCAUCAAGGCCCAGCAGCAGGGGGUAGGACUAACACCUCAUGGCCACGCAGACAUGGCCGGACGUCUUGAGAAUCUCGGGGGCUCAUUUUUUCUUCGAUUUCAGCGACUUGGAAACCUUGAUGAUGUUGUCGAGGCCAUCAAGGUCUUUCGGCAGGCAGUAGAACUCACGCCCCAUGGACACGCAGAGAAGCCCGCACGUCUUAGCAAUCUUGGAGUAUCAUUGGAGUGUCGAUUUGAUCGACUUGGAAAUCUUGAUGAUCUUGACGAGUCUAUCCGGCUCCAGAAGCAAGCAGUAGAACUCACGCCCAAUGGACAUGCAGACAAGCCCGUAUAUUUCAACAAUCUUGGAAAGUCAUUGAUGUCUCGGUUUGAGCGACUUGAAAACAUUGAUGAUAUCGACGGGGCCAUCAAGGUUAUGCGGCAGGCGGUAGAACUCAUCCCCGAUGGAUACGCAGACAAGCCGAGGUAUUUGAACAACCUUGGAGACGCAUUUAUGUUACGGUCUGAACGACUGGGCAAUCUUGACAAUCUUGACGGGGCCAUCAAGGCCAAGCAGCAGGCGGUAGACCUCACGCUCGAUGGACACCCAAACAAGCCAGGAUAUCUCGAUGGUCUUGGACACUCAUUGUUGUCUCGGUUUGAGCGACUUAGAAACAUUGCCGAUAUUGACGAGUGUAUCAAAGUCAGGCAGCAGGCGGUGGAACUCACCCCUAAUGGACACACUGACAGACACGAACAUCUUAACAAUCUUGGAGUAUCAUUGGGGUGUCGAUUUGAUCGACUUGGAAAUCUUGAUGAUCUUGACGAGUCCAUCAAGCUCCAGAAGCAAGCAGUAGAACUCAUGCCUCAUGGCCACGCAGACAUGCCCGGACGUCUUAACGAUCUCGGACGCUCAUUGAUAUCUCGGUUUGAGCGACUUGGAAAUGUUGACGAUCUCGACAAGUCCAUCAAAGCCCUGCAGCAGGGGGUGGAACUAACACCUCAUGGCCACGCAGACAUGCCCCGACGUCUUAACAAUCUCGGACGCUCAUUGGUAUCUCGCUUUGAGCGACUUGGAAAUGUUGACGAUCUCGACAAGUCCAUCAAGGCCCUGCAGGACGGGGUAGGUAUAACACCUCAUGGCCACGCAGACAUGCCCGGACGACUUGAGAAUCUCGGACGAUCAUUUUUUCUUCGAUUUCAGCGACUUGGAAACCUUGAUGAUGUUGUCGAGGCCGUUAAGGUCUUUCGGCAGGCGGUAGAACUCACGCCCCAUGGACACGCAGACAAGCCCGCACGUCUUAGCGAUCUCGCAGGCCCAUUAAUGCGUCGCUUUGGGCGACUCGGAAACCUUGACGAUGUUGAUGAGUCUAUCAAGGUCCUGCGGCAGGCAGUAGAACUCACGCCUCACGGACAUGCAGGCCUGCCCGUACAUUUGAACCGUCUCGGAAGCGCGUUGAGGAAUCGAUUUGAGCGACUUGGCCACCUUGAUGAUAUUGACGAGUCGAUCAAGGUCCAGCAUCGGGCAAUAGAACUUACGCCUCACGGACACGCAGACAUGGCUGGAUGUCUUAGAAGUCUCGGACACUCAUUGAUGUGUCGAUUUCAACGCCUUCAAAAUCUUAGCGAUGUUGGCGAGUCCAUAAAGGUCCUGCAGCAGGCAGAAGGUGCGAGAUUCGCAUGCGGAGCUCCGUCACUGCGCUUUAUUGCAGCAAGAAGCUGGGCCUCAAUGCAUCAGCUUCACACUGGUACCCCACUGCUGGAGGCAUAUGAGAUUGCCCUUUCACUUGUGCCCCAGAUUAUUUGGCUUGGCGCAGAGAUUACGCGUCGGUAUGAGAAUAUUGGCUCCAUAGGGGACACGGUCAAUGAUGCUGCUGCUGCUGCAAUGUCCCUGGGUAGACACGAUUUGGCCAUGGAAUGGCUAGAGCAGGGACGGUCCAUUGUCUGGGGUCAAAUUCUAAAUCUACGGACUCCCCUUGACGACCUUCAAGCAGCAUCACCUGAGCUAGCACGUCAUUUGACAAAGAUUUCACAUCAACUGGAAACAGCAGGCACAAGCCGACUUGACACAGAUGAAGAACCGUUCAAGAUUGGGAAGAUGUCAUCAGAGGAACAGGCACGAAAUCAUCAUCGUCUCGCAGCGGAAUAUGAGAGAGUACUGGUGGAAGUGCGUGAGCUUCCUGGAUUCGAAAAAUUCCUCAAGCCGAAGCAGCUCUCCGAGCUUCGUCUCGCUGCUCGAGACGGUCCUAUCGCGAUGAUCAAUGUCACUGACAAGCGCUGUGAUGCUUUGGUCCUCCGCGAUGACGACAUACCAGUCCUCCACAUCCCGCUUCCCGAGCUUACAUUGGACCUAGCGCGAGCUAUGCAAGAGAAGUUGGGGAAGAUACUGAAGGAGAACGACGUUCGCAAUCGUGACUCGGGCGACCGCGGAAGUAAGAAGUCCGUACAGGAGCCUAUCCAACACAUAUUGGAGCUGCUGUGGAAAACCGUUGUCUGUCCAAUCAUAACCCGAGUCCACGAAGAGGUAAAUGCUCCGCGUUAUAUGACAUGGUGUGCGACAGGUCCUCUAGCACUCCUCCCGCUCCAUGCAGCUGGGCUCUACAAAAAAUCUGGUGGUGUCAAACUCUAUGAUUCUACGGUAUCGUCAUAUACCCCGAGUCUUGCGAUGCUCAUACAGGCUCAUAAGCAGUCGUCGAAAAAAGCAUCAUCCGCCGCAUCUCUACCUCGUAUCCUUGCAAUUUCCCAGCCUAACACACCAGAACAGAAACCCCUUCCGGGCACCGAGAAGGAGGUCUCCGAUAUUAUGAACUCCGUCGUUGGGCGUGCUUCCGUGACACGGUUAAACGACGCAGACGCUACUGUGAGUGCGACACUCGAAGCCAUGAAGACACAUGCCUGGUGUCAUUUCGCAUGUCACGGAACUCAGGAUCCCGAGAGACCAACGGAAAGCGCCUUCAUGCUUCACGAUGGUCCCCUCACACUUCACACCAUGAUGAAACAAUCGUUCUCGUCAGCGCAGAUCGCAUUCCUCUCUGCAUGUCAAACGGCCACAGGAGACGAGAAGCUGAAAGAGGAAUCAGUACAUCUCGCUGCGGGGAUGCUCGCCGCUGGAUACAGCACGGUGUUUGGGACGCUGUGGUCGAUCAAGGACCAGGACGCACCUUUGGUUGCGAAGGAAGUUUACGGACAACUUUUGAACGAGAAAGACGGUGGGGCAAGGGAGAGUCGUGUUCGGGGGGCGUAUGCGCUGCACGAGGCGAUGAAGAAGUUGCGAGAUGUGGUGGGAGAGACGGCGUUUGUUCGUUGGGUUCCGUUUGUGCAUUUCGGAGUUUGA